GGCAACGCCGCGCCGGCAGAAGACGCUCGGCGUGUUCUGCGCGUUCGCCGUGCACCGUCGCGCUAGCAGCCGAGCCACCACGCCUCUGUGUGCGCGUGCGUCGCGCGCCCGCUUUGUGUCGUUUGCCGAUUUGUGCGUGGUGGUGCACCACUGACUGCGGACAGGUCACGUCCUUCGGCAUCGUGGUUUGUGAAGGUGUCGUCGGCUCUUUCAGUGACACCAGGUGUCAUCGUGUGGCUUUUGACGUCUCCGAAACUAAGUCGCCUUUCGAAAUUGACGCAUGGUCGCCGGUGUAUCCCUUGCCAACACGGCUGACGUUUAGCCAGUCCAGGGCAUCGCGCUUGGAACGCGGCCACAAGUUCCUGCAAGCGCUCUUCACCGCCUUUUUCAUUACUCGGCACGGACAAUCCAAGGAACCGAAAGUGCUGUCGUCUUCGCCACGUGCUGGCUUCCACGUUCCCAGCGCCUCUUCUGAGACGUGCGCACGCAUCCGGUUUCGGAUUUCCCACGAUCGCUGGCCACCAGAAGGUUCUCCUCGGAAGUUUGGAUGAUCAAGUGUUUUGACUGGGUGUCGUUCUUCCUCUUCACUGUGCUUCCUCUGCAGCCGACGUGUGCUUGGUAUAGGCAAACCUCUUCUGUCUGGUGGUGGACGGGCCAGCGAGUGGUCGCACCUACGUCUGUUCUUGUCUGCGCCUCUGUUUAGCGCGUCACCGGAGGCGUCGGAUUUUGGCGUGUCCCCUGAACAUCGCCUGCACGUUUCGCGCGACGAAACCGGUCCGCGCCUGAGGUAUCUCGUCCAUUAAUUUUGUGUGCCGGUAUCGAGUGGAAGAGGUGGCCAUGGGUGCCUACUACGCGACGCCCGAGCUGACUCCCGAGCACGAGUUCGCCCCCGAGGUCGUAGGGGUCGAGCACCAGGACGGCACGCGUGUCGAAAUGGAUUCGGGGCCCAGCGCGACGAGGCUGGACCUUCGGCCGAAGCGCGGAGCCAACAUGGCCGACCAGGACGACCAGCAGCUCAUCGGCUUCGACGACAGCCCCGUGGUGCUGCCGGCCGAGCCGAAGAAGGGCGCUUCGCCCAGCGAGGCCGAGCGCAUCCUCAAUUCGCUGAACGCCGAGAAGAGCCAACUGGCGGCGGCCACCAAUGGCCACACCGACAAGGCGGCCACCACCAACGGACACCACCACGACGCGCCGGAGAAGGCAGUCAAUGGCCACGCGCCCAAGGCUGAACACCACGAGACCGGUGAGCCAGUCUACACCGAAGUUCCGGAGGACAACAUCUACGAGGAAGUCAUACCUGUGCAAGAGAACAAGCCCGAGGUAGUGCUUACGCCGACUGUCCAGACUACCACGACGGAAAAUGGCGUCACGGGCGUGCUUUACGAUGACUCUUCGCUGUCCAGCGAAGUGUCCGCGGAGCUGUCUCCACCUCCGUCCAAUGUCGGCGAUUGUGCCUCCAACGGCACAGCCUUGUCUGACCCUGAAUGCGACGCUGCCAUGGCAGAAGCCUCGGCACCGGAGUCUCACGCCGACAUCCCUUUCGUCGUCGUCCAGGAGUCGACGCCUGUUGACUCGGAGCAGUCCAACGACGAACACGCUGAAGACAGCGCGUCGGAACAGGCCGCCGAGGAAGUGUGCAAAGCUGAGGCAACAGCCGCCGUUGAAGCAGCGAUCGAAGCGAGUGCCGAGACGGUGGUUGUAGUGGAACCGCUGGUCAAGCCAGUGGUCCUGCCCGUCGAGAAGGACACUGCACCGACUUCGGAGGAACAGACAUCUGGUGAACAUCGCUGCGCUGCUCAGCCGCCAGUGUUGGCUGCUAGCGCGGAGUCCUGUGCCCGGCUUGAUCACAUCGAAUCUGAGUUCACAAGAGUCGAUAACGUUCAGUUUGUGGAACCUGAGGACAUGGGACGUUGCUCGGUCGUCUCCGUCACUGAGACGGCACCGGAACGCGAGACCGCCGUCGAAGAGCUUCGCGGCAACGUUGAAGUGGUGGUACACGCCGAGGACAUUGUUUCCAGCAUUGAAGAGAUAACGCCGUCCACACAGGCCUCUCUAGUUGAACACGGACUGCAGCAUGAGACUGAGGAGCCACUGCAGUGUCAAGACUUUCCUCAUGAGGCGGUGCUUGCUGGCUGUGAACCAGCGCAGGGUGCCGAGCCUCCCGCUGUGCGACACGAGUCGCGGCACUUGAAGCCGAGUGCUGCGGACAGCAUCGUGGCCCGCGAGAUCCGCGCCCAGAAGGAGCGAGAGGAGAUGAUCGCCCGCGAGCGGAAGCUCGCCCAGGAAGCAGCCAGGCUUAGCUCGACGGCGCUUGAAAAGACGCUCUGUGACAGGACACCGGAGACGCCUGCGCGACUCACCGUGUCUCAGCUGCCCACGGCAUCGCCGACCUCACCUCCCAGCAUGGUCGCCAGCCCCGCGCCAUUCCCGGCUCCCAUCGAGAAGCGGUUCACGUGCCCGUCGGACUCUAAGAUCGCUGAUGAGAUUCGGGAACUCCAGGAGCGGGAGGAGGAGCUGCGGGAGCUGCGGGAGCGCCUGCAUAUUCAGAGCAAUGACCACAGGUGCAGUGCGGGUGGCCCCAUCAACAACGAUGAUGCCGUCGUCGCAGCAAAUGGCGUGACCAGUCCACUUGCAUCCUUGACGUCCAGCAGUGGAUUGUCUAGGACCGUGAGCGUUGAGUCACUUCCUCCAAAUGGCUCGAUUCACACUCCCUUCGGGCCACGCAGGAAGGACAAGAUAACGGUGCGGCCACUCUCCGAUGGCACCGAAGAUAGCGUGCCAUCCCCGACUUUCGUGUCGCAUGGCGGUGAGUCUCCAAUCGAACGUGAGAUCCGGCUAGCACGAGACCGGGAAGAGGCAUUGAGGAAGGAGAAGGGGCUGCUGGGACAGCUGCAGGCGGAAGGAUUUGUGAAGAAGGGCGAAGUAGCGUCAUCCGCUUCGGUGAAGGGUGCAAAGGCUACUGUGGUGCUGCGCGGAAGCACGCAGAAGAUCCUGGCGACAUCUCGGAUCCAGCAGGAGAUAGAAGAACAGACGCAGCGUGAGAUGGCUCUUCGAGAGUCUGGGCACAUCCAGACCAUCUCCCAAGAGAGGACAGACUCCAAGGUGACCAGGAUAGGAAACGAGGCAAGCACUGCCGCGUCUCCUUCACCGUCACCCGCUUCUACUACGAGGAGAGUGCCGCCUUUCGAGUCGUCUCUUCCCAAUAUCGAGAUUUUCGAGAAGACUCCCGCCAUUGUCAUUCCCACCCGAGUCUGUUCCCCGACGGCGGCCCCCUGCGGCGUUGCUUCGGCUGUUGCCAAGGCAACCAACGGUCACGUGCACGCCAACGGUCACGCUACAGGAGCGAAAGUGUCGCCCGUGGCCAAUGUCCGUGGGGUGAGCAUGCAAAAAUUCCUCGCCAGUCGUGGCAAGGAGCUUGCCUUCACGAGCUCACCGCCACCUCAGAACGGAGAUAAGCUAGAGUACCGUGAGCUGAAGCCUCCGCAACUGCAGAAGGGGGCCAUCGAUGCCGUCCGCAAGGGCCUGGUUACUGCUGAGACCAAGAUCCAGGAGGAGAUGCGUGCCAUGAAGGAGCGCGAGGAGGAGCUGAGGCGCCAGCGCCUCCGACUGCUCGGGCAGUCCCAGCCCAACCUGAGCCUGUUUGAGGGAUGCACAGUAGCGGACGCAGACCACGCCACUGACGCCACAGAUGGUCCCGCCUUGCAACAUGCUGGCAGUGAUGCGAGCCUUCUGGAACAGACCACUGUCAGUGACUCGUCAGAGGCCGCCAAUCAGGUGUCCAACACUUCCAGUGUCCCACGCCGCCGCAGUGCCCUCAUCGCACAGUGGGAACAAAGGAUCCAGAGCACCGAUGUCGCCAAGUCGUAAAGAGAGAGAGAAAGAAAAGAAUUGCGAUGUUCUUUAAUAUACAUAUAUAUGUAUAAAUGCUGAUAAUCUAUUUCUUUGCGCCCAGUACAGGUACUUUAGUUCAUUUCGCAUUCCCCUAGUGCACUCUUCUUGAAUGGGUGUCUUCGAGACGACGAUGCACCAGUGUCCCAAGUGACGUUUCUACACUAUGAGCUGGUCACCAGAGCAUAAUCUCGCUAGCGUUGAUAAUUUCGUAGAUCAGCUUAUGCAAGGAGUGGAAGGAAUAACGCUAGUAGAUAUGGAACGCCCUUGUGAUCGGCAAGAAUAUACUGAUGGGGUAGUUGGUUCAACAUAGUGCUAUUUUUCAUAGCAAGGAAAAAGCACUAGACAACAGAAGAUAAAAGGGCUGACUAUCACUUCAUAGUUAUUGUUGGAUUCUGAAAAGUACAUAAGCUGUAGUGACAGAGGUAAAGGAUAGCAUAUGAAAGGACACCAUUUUCGUAUUCAGCGUUACAGCAUACGUGACACGUGCCUAUGCAAUAAUAUUGCUUCUAUUGUUUAAGGAAGUCAAGUUUCUUUCCUGGCAGGAAAAUGGACACAACAGUGACGCACGUUUCAUCAAGUCCUGGAAUAUCUCAAUCUUGCAUCUAUGAUGUAUUACUUCAUGACUACCUCCGCGUUUAUGUCAUUGAAAGUUUUUAAGGCUUAAGAAGUCUUGAGUGUUAAGCCCCUCUGUUUACUGAAGUACAGCAAUAUAUUUUUUUAGCCCUGGGCGACAAGCUACUGAAGGAACAUUUGGAGCAUUCUAAAGUAGUGUAGACUUUUAACGUUGACAAUUUUGUAUGCUGUUAAAUUGUGAUGAAUCACAAUUGAAAAAUAUAGCAUGUGAUGUUCUCAACAGUUUCACUAAGGUUUCACUUGAUUAGUACUAAAACAUGAACAGCCAUUUCAAGGGUUUAAAACAUUUUUAGAGUUGGAGCUGCAUUCAUCAAAUUUGGGGGUGACUCAGAUUUGAUGAAGCGACAGGCUGACGCAAGAAAUAAUAGAGGCUAGAGAAACGACAGGACUUGGUGAUAGGUGCAUCAGUGUUGAUUUGUUUAUUCUUCACAAAAGGAACUUGGACUGCUUUCUUAGACGCAUGUAAUGUAUUCUGUUAGGCUCGAUGCAAAAAUGGGCCCUUUCGUAUGUCGCCCUUUCCCUCAGUGAUUAUGAGUUACAUAUUGUGCAGAAUCCAAUAAUAGACAUGACUUUAUUGUCAACAUUCUCUGUUAUCUUGUCUGCUCUGUUGUCUCGUCCUUGCGUGGACAAUUAGCAAUUUUAUAAUUCCUGUGUUUUUGUUUUUUGUGCUUUGAUACCGCAUCGCUGUGCACUUGGCAUGUGGUCUGUGCGGCUGCUGAAAACCAGAUGCGCAACAGUGAGGUAUUUGUCAAACUGUUGAUGCACUGCAAUAUACUUUGACAUUACAAUAAAUGUCAAUGGCUGUGGUUUCGUAUGCUCUUGGGUAUACUGUAUACAGUCUUCUGUGCUCAAGAAAGAGCAAGAAUAACAUACCAAGUCUCUUAUUUGUAACAUAUUAUGCGUUUAUACCUGUAUAAGCUGGUAUAAGCUUGAAGUGCACUACUAGGACAGGAAUAGGAAAGCUCUUGCUAGUUGUUUACAACAUCAGAGGCAGAUGCAACUUUAAGAUAUUGUUUCCACAAUCAACAACACCUUGAGCGAUGGUGAAGUAGUACAAAACAACAGCAGUGCAUAAGGUACCAUGCCUACCUAAUUAUAAUUUACCUCUGAAUGUAAUGCACAUUGAAGUGGUAAAUGUUCAGAGUAAGAAAAUAAUGGACACUAAAGGCAUGCACUCUAUUUAUAUACCACGAAAAAUGUAGCGUGCCUCCGAUCUUUGCAAAAAGAAGAAAUUACUUUCACAAGAUGAAACUUUAUUUACACUUAAGGUACAUUGUUAUCACUUUAAUGGACCUCGACACAUUUCCGUCCAUGCCAUUCGUUGCAUUUGGUAUUCCACAUUUCUUGAAUGACUUCUCAAUCAUCACGAAUGAGAUUGUUGCCCAUGCUUUAACAAACAUCUUUGCCAGUUUGUCGGACAGUGUAGGCAAGUCUUCAAUAUGCCAAAAACAAACAAUACAUAGCUCUGGUGCCACUGGCUUAGCAUGUAAAACAACCUUUUUAAUGAGCCUUGAUAAAGAAAGUGGUGUAUUGCCAUUGCCAAGCCAACCUAUAAGAAAGCAAGUUUUGUCGCCAUAUGGAUGGCUAUGGUCAUUAUGUUUGCACUGACAGUAGUUUGCUGGCAAAGCUGCAAAUGUGGUUUCAUAUCCAAUUGAAGAACACAAGCAUAUUUCAGACCUAUAUAGGGGGGAAAGGUGCGCCUUUUAAUUGUGUAAAUAGACUAUUUUCUAUGACUUACCGUCGUACGAGUAAAAUACUAAGAGAUGUUCUGUGUCCCUAACCAAUUUAUGAGAAAGAUGCCUACGAUAUCUACAAUAUAUUUAUCCAGCAGUCAUUUUCUGUCGGAGACACUGCUGCUAGUGAACGUUGCUGCUACUCUCCACAACACGCAAUGUUGGCGGAAGCUGCAUUUGGCAUUAAAGCCAGCCUGGUGGUGCAAAUUUGUUGCAGGUGCCUUCCAGCAAUGUGCUCGCUUUGUUAUUUCCUCUCCGUGUUGAGAAUACUACAAUGGCUGUAUUGAAAGGGCCAGUCAAGGAUGAACCUGGAAUUUGGAGAGCUUUAAAGUGGCCUACGUCACAAGUUAUCACCUUCUCUCUCUUCUUAUUCUUGAGGGGGAAAGGGAAAAUUAUUCUUGAAGGGAAAAUUGUGCAGGCGGGCCUGGCCAUGACAAACUCCCAGUGCUCAAUGUGUACCACACAGCACUCUAGGCAUGUUCCUGCUGGCCUCUCCAUGCUUUUGUUUUAUGCUCUCAUGGGAAUAGUAGAAGGUCGCUAGAUAUCAUUGCCGCUACAAUAAUUCAAGUGCAUUAUUACUCAUAGUAUUCUUGAGUAUACUACGACAGCCACACUAACUGAAGAGCAUGUUUAGCAAGUCUGCCUAACGCCUGUUUUCUAACUGUGCUGGCAUUGAUUUAUAUUCAUGAAUUCGCAUCGGCAACCAAAGAAAGGACUUUCACGAUUACGUAUGCAGCCAUCUCAUUGUUUCUAGAAGCAAGCUGUGUGAUGAGGUUUAACAUGCGUAUGAAAAAUCAGCACAAUGUGUUUCGUGUUUAUGAACAAAAAAACGGUUAAUGACAUGAAAAGUGAACUUCUGAUAAAAAAAAGCCCCCCUACAUCCAGUGAUAAUUUUCUCUUGCUGGAAGCAUGAUCGAACAAGACUGGGUCCUAGCGAACCUUAAGUGCACAAUGAAGAUAACACAGCUACGGAUAAAUGCCUUGCUCUAGCACAGAAAUGAAAAGGAACCUGGAAGGUGGUCGCAAUGUGCCUGCAAGAAUUUUAGUGUAGUUUAAUGUAUAAUGGUAGUUUUUCUAAAGGUGCAAUUUCCUGAGGCAUCUGUGGUGGCACAUUAAUUGCGCUGCCACACUCGGCAACAAUUCAUGAACAUUGUCUGCAUCAUCAUGAACAUGUCGAUGGCUCUGCCACACGAAAGCAACAAUUGUUGGAAUAUAUGAUGAGAACGUGUAUCCUACCACUUUUUGUUCCUUUGUUGUGACAGAGCUGCUGAUGACACCCUGUACAGACAGUACUGGCCUACUUGCUUACAUUGUGACAGUGCCCUAAUGAUAAUACCAUUAGGGAUUACGGGCACUGAGGUAUAGGAGCUGUAGUAUUAGAGCUUUCAGAGGAGUUGCACCACCGGAGACAGCUUAUCUUUAGGAAUGGUUCGUCCACAGAUGGACAUAAUCAUCCAGCAUUAGCCCUGUCUUCGUUGAUACACUCUAGGCGCCACAGGUUAUAAAGAGUGUGCACAACUCUUGGUCACCAAACUUUCUGCCUGGAGGUGCCAGUUUCAGCAAAGAGGGGUGAAAUACUGGCAAAGUCCUUGUGAAGUGCAACUGCUUUCAGACUUCUUACAGUAUUCGUUGUAUCGUAUACCUGUGACAGAGCCUCUGAAGAUAACAACUGGGUGUAUCAUUAAUGGCCUGGAGAAAUGAGAUCUUCAGGCCCCUCGUGAUGCCGUGACUAGCCUUUUGCUUAUUCUGCUGGAUGAAGUUGAAUUGCAUCAAGCAGGACAUGACGCUUCUGUAGUUAAGCAUUAGCAUGAAGCCACUAAGUUGCAUUGUACUGAAAUAAGCCAUUUUUCUGUGACCAAGUGUACAACAUUUGCCGCACCUGUCGUGUGCCAAGUACUUCUUUUCAGAACACAGAGUCAUCGAUUUCAUCUGCAGUUAUUCGGACUGUUCCCAAUGCCUACAAGCAGCAAGUGCAGAGCCAAGGUUGAUGCAGCGUCUCAGUUGUGGAUGUGUUGCUAACCACUCUAUUGACAACUGCUCUCAACUCGACUAAGACAUUGGAAAGUGGCCAAUUGCAGCCCUGUUUUUUACUCUUGUAUGUUUAGCUAUCUGUAAGAAUGGGCAGCUAGUUGUUAUUAACAAUCAGCAUCUUUAAUUUGCAGUCCUAAAUGCCUUUGAGAUUGUGUCAUAUAUUUGUAGAUGUACUUAAGUCUCUCUCUCUGCAAGCAGCUGCCGUUGCAGUGUUCCUUUGAUGUUGUUAUUGACAAGUGUGAUUAAAUUACACUCCAGCUUCUGGCUUUUACCUGGUGCUUUGUGUAUGGCUGGAUAUGUUUUGUACUUAAUCGAAGGUGCUGCAUUUGUCACUUGUCAGAGAGAGUGGUAGCUAAGGAGACUGUUUCUGUUCUUUAACAUUUUGCUUUUGUAUGGGGGCGCUUUACUAACCGCGUGCCGCCAGUUUCAGUGAGUCAUAUAUUUUUAUAAACUUAAUAAAGGACUACACAAUGGA